AAGAAAAUACACAGCGCACAACGAUAAAUGUGCCCAGUAAAUCAGCUGAUCGUGUGCUUCCUUGUUCUCCUGUUAUACGAAGUAUUUUCUGAGACUCGCAUUACUAACUGGACGAAUAAAAAAGACAGUGAAAAUGAGUGCGUCAACGAUCGAAAAUAGUGAAUAUUGUGACUAUCGCAGUCCCUUGGCAAUAAGAUACGCCUCGAAGGAAAUGCGCUAUAACUUCAGCGAUCAAUAUAAGUUCAGCACGUGGCGGAAACUAUGGAUUUACUUGGCCAAGGCAGAGAUGGAGCUGGGCCUAGCUAUCACCCCGGAGCAAAUCGCGGAAAUGGAGGCACACGUGAACGAUAUAGACUUCAAAGCUGCUGCAGAGGAAGAGAAGGCCACCAGACACGAUGUAAUGGCUCACGUUCAUAUUUUUGGAAACCAAUGUCCAAAAGCUGCUCCAAUAAUCCAUUUAGGUGCAACUAGUUGCUACGUCGGUGACAACACGGAUUUAAUAAUUAUUCGUCAAGGUUUCGACAUUCUUCUGCCGAAAUUGGCGAACGUCUUGUCCCGUCUCGCGAAGUUUGCCAUGGAACAUCGGGAUUUACCGACCUUGGGAUUCACUCAUCUUCAACCAGCACAACUUACGACCGUUGGUAAACGAGCUACGCUGUGGCUUCAUGAUCUUCUGAUGGAUGAGAGAGCUCUUCGUCGAGCUAGAGACGAUUUGAAGUUUCGCGGAGUGAAAGGCACAACUGGCACUCAAGCUUCGUUCCUUCAAUUAUUUAAUGGUGAUGAUAAGAAAGUGAAGCAGUUAGAUCAACUGGUAACUAAAAUGGCUGGAUUCGAUAAACACUAUCUUGUAACAGGACAAACAUACAGCAGAAAAGUCGACGUAGAAUGCUUAAAUGCGCUAAGCUCUUUAGGUUCUACUGUCCACAAGAUCUGUAGUGAUAUUCGAUUACUGGCGAAUAUGAAAGAAGUCGAGGAACCGUUCGAGAGCACUCAAAUUGGAUCAAGUGCAAUGCCAUACAAAAGGAACCCAAUGCGUUCAGAGAGGUGUUGUAGUAUAGCAAGACACUUGAUGACUUUGGCCAAUAAUGCUCUACAAACGGCAGCCAGUCAAUGGAUGGAAAGAACGCUAGAUGAUUCUGCUAAUCGAAGAAUUACUUUAUCCGAGGCGUUCUUGUCAGCGGAUGUGAUCGUAAUGACUCUUCAAAAUAUUACGGAAGGCAUGAUCGUUUACCCCAAAGUUAUCGCCAGCCAUAUCGCACAAGAAUUGCCUUUCAUGACUACGGAAAAUAUAAUAAUGGCUAUGGUAAAAGCAGGAGGCGAUAGACAAGUUUGCCACGAAAAAAUAAGAGUUCUGUCUCAAGAAGCUGGUGCACAGGUGAAGCAACACGGCAAAAACAACGAUCUAGUGGACAGGAUCAAGAAAGAUCCGUAUUUUGCCCCGAUCCUUAAUCAACUGGAUAAUCUUUUGGAUCCGCGUACGUUCGUUGGUAGAGCACCUCAACAGGUCAUCGAAUUUUUAGAAGAAGAAGUCAAUCCUGUGCUCGAGAAGUACAAAGGGAUUUUAGGCGGAAAGGUGGAACUCAACAUUUGACCCAACAAAAAUAGGAUUUUUUAUUCUCUAAGGAAGGAAGGUUUCUAGAGAAGUUCGUGAUGUUUUAUAAAUGUUUUAUAAAAAGUUUCGUCAAAUGUUGUCUGUUAUUUUUACGUGUGUUAGUAUUGUAAACUUUACAGAGAUUAGAACUGAAUAAAACAGAAGGAACGUAAA